AUGAAGUUCUGCAUCCUCUUCCCUAUCGCGACUAUUCUCUCGUUCGCCGCGGCGCAGAGUAUCCCGGAUUGUCUGGGCAACUGUGUGGAGUCGAGCACAAUCUGUGGCGACGGUGAUCUUAACUGCUAUUGCACCAAUACCGGUUUCCAGCAGGGUGUGGUGGAUUGUUUGAAUAAUAGUGGGUGUGGGGAUGAGGUGCAGACUGGUAUCGAUCUCCAGAAUCAGCUCUGCGGUUGA